GUUAUUUCCCUAAUUUCUAAACAAGCCAAGGCUACAGCCUGCAUUUGAUUUUGAGAAUAGAUUUGAAUAUUGGAACGUACAGUGAAGCGUCAAAAUAAUGACCAUAAGAUAAAAAAACUAAAGUCUAAACAUGAAAUAAUUUGGUAUUAAACUAAUCCUUAAUAUUGCUGCCUUAAUAGUGCACAAUAUAAAUCAGCUGCUCUUCAGGUGGAAACCGUUGGCAAUUGCAAUUGGCAUUAUAAAUAUUUGUAUGAAUAAUUACAUUUUCUAUUUGUUAAAAUUGUUCCUUUGGCUUUAUCUGGCCAAACCGCAUUUGUAUAUGUCUUGAGGGUUACAUGACCCAUGUUCAAAUAUGUGUUCUUCUCACAUUAGAUGGUAUUUUAAGUAAUGUGGGUGGCAUAAUAGCUAAGUGUUUUGAAGUUCAGGUGGUGUUGGUGACGUCAGUGGUCAGUAAAUGUCAAUGGAGUGGUUUGCUCAGCCAUGACUAAUUUAGCAACACCAAUGCAAGGUCGUCUUCUUUUCCAUCUGCCUGGUAGGAUCUCUGGUACUACCAACUAGUGCUGUUUGAUGCGAGACCGUGUCACUCACCGCACCUUUGACACAGACGAUUAGAAAAACCAGAGUAACCGCUAAAGGAAACUGCAUUCAGCCAUUUUAUUCCCUCAGCUAGCACACUGACACUGCUAGGAGAAGCCCAUGAAAACAUUGAGAUUUUUAUUUUUAUGAAUUUGAAUGAGAAUUAUAAGCAGUGUCUUUACCUGAAAGUCUCUGAAUGAGUUGUGACAUAUGGCGGUCGACUCCGAUGCAAGCAGAGCCCCAAGGUGGUGAACAGCUCGGCAAAUAUGUGUCUUAUCUGGCCAGGUGAUCUGAGAGCAGAGGGGUGAGUUACAGGGAGCUCCGCGAAGGCGAGCUAUGAAAGAAUAAUGUGAUAUUGAGAUCUUUUCCACCGUCAGGCUGGAUGAGACCGUUCAGUGUGUUGCCACAAACUCCCAGCGAGAACAGUAGUUCCUCUUGAACUGUCGGCCUCGCGCUCUUGGCCUCUGCCGUGUUCUCCCGGGAAUGAGAAGUUUUUAAAGAUGUCACAGGGAGGGGAAAUGGAAAUUACCUCACAAAAUAAAAAUUUGUGAGGUGGUUUCUUUGUAAACCAAACAAAAUAUAAAUUCCGAAUGAGAUUCAACAGCGGUGGUGGGAUAUCCUCUCGGUACUACACCUAUCAAUUAUCAAAUCCUGAACGAUAAAUACACACCAAUCGUUAAUUCAGUCCCAACCCAAAAACCCUGUUUUACAUGAAAAUGUAUUAUUCUUCUCAGAACUAUGAAUUCCAUUGGACUCCAUAGAUAAAGAAGUAUUCUGAUCUCAGUCAGAUUAUUGAGACACAUUGAUGUGUAUAUUCUUCUAGCCACUAUUACUAUUUCGGACAAUAUCUUUUGCAUCAUAAUUUGCAUGAUUUGCUUUGGGGCAAGGAUUGGGUUCUAAAGUUCUGCCUGAACUUUGACAGGAUGUCGCAGAACUGGCUCACCAGAGAUGAGCACAACCACAAUAGAUAAAUUAACAUAACCUGAAGUGUUGCAUCUUUUUUCCCCAAUCAACUCUGAUUCAGUUAUGCAGAUUUGGGUUGGGUUUUUAGCAGAAAAGCUAUUUAGCAGUGAUAAUGUGGGGAGUACUAAGGUUAAAAUCAGAAAUUACCCUGGCAACAUCAAAUUGCAAGAGACAAACUGCUUGUUCCUUGCUGCGGAUGACUCCAAUAUCUGAAUCAAAUGUAGACAUAAACCCAUUGUUUUCCCCCUUGUAAUCGAAGUGACCUAACCUGCUUAACUAUUUACCAAAGCAUCAAAUGCUUUUAUCUAACCUGCAAAACUGAAGGCUUAAAGCAGUGCUUGAAACCACCGUUUCAGUAGAGGUGUGGAUAAGUCCAUCCUAAAUGCCAUCAUACCAAAAUACCUUAUGCUCCUCACUCCCAUCUACGCGAGCGGACGUGUUCCCGCGAGAAUUGGCCUUUGAAUUUUUCAAAGGCGCUGCAGAUAAUCAGGCAGUAGAGUCUUAACGUGUGUACCCCUGCAUGUUGCCAAUCGCCUGGUGUGAACCAACGACCUGACAGCCAGUCAAGACUGAUUGUCAAGACCAGUCUUGUUUACUGCCGAAGUCGGCCAUGACUUUUCAAGUGGUCAAGUGUGCAGGAGCUAUCAGUCCCUCUGCUCCGGUAUUGCCUCCCAAAUGCGCCUAGAAAGGGCAACUCUUACUGUAACGUACCAUUCACAUACAGAUCCAUACACCUUUCCCAUAUGAACUGCAGUCGUCAUAAUGGAAGUAUUGGUGUAUGUGGGGCGCCAUUAUGUUGGCAUUUAUGCUCAUUUUAAGGCCAAACUUUUAUAUUUCCCACAAUAUGUGUUGAUUUAGUUACAGUUGGUUUAUCCAUGCAUUUGACCUCCUAUGUUCUUUUUUUUUUUUUCUUUUACUUUUUUUGUUAAGCUGUAUUACUUAACAUUCAUCUCUGAUCCAUAUUCAUGGUUUCCUAUUUUGUUACGGAAAUAUUCUUCCCAAGAUGAGCUCAUUCACUAGUGCAAGAUUGGUUGUCUAAUUUGAAUAAAUAUAUUUCUUCAGGGGCCAGAGUCCAAUACAUAGGUGUGAUUUAAAACGGUUCAAGACACUUUGCCUAAGAACGUUGGUGACCGGCUUGGAUGAUUUGCCUCGUCUUCCCAUCUGCUACGGGUAAAGUGUAGUUUACGAGGGCUUGCAGAGUUUGCCUGCGUUAGUUACACUAGUUAUCAGUCCUCUUCUGAAGCCGAGAUUAAUGGUCAGCCAUAUUACGCACGUUGUGGCACCUUCCAGUCAGCCUGGUUUCAGCAGCGAGGCCCAUUCGUUGUCGCGACUGUAGAUCCCUGCCCCCAGCGACAUGAUUGGUCAAAAUAAAUUUGAGGUGAAAAAGGUUUUGAGCUUGUCUACCAUCAGACUUCAGAUGUUAAUCUAACGUCCGAUUUGUGAGACUACUUCAACAUUGACUGACAUGGGAAACUUUGCUCAUUAAUGCGACAAGUUAUUUUGUCUACCCCAGGCUGUAAGCUGUCAUUCCCAUAAACGAUAUGCAAUUCAUCACAAUCCUUAAGACUUUUUCUUUCUCCACCAACAGAAACCGGUUAAACAACAUUUUCCCGCCAUAAACACAUUCCGUCAACUGUCACAACCUUGGAAACAACAUUCAUCCAACGGCCACACAUAAGCAGACCUGAUACUUUCCAUUUUGUGUGGCACUGAGCCUGGCUGUGUGUGUGUGUGUGUGUGUGUGUGUAUGUACGUACGUAUGUACGGACAGACCUAUAUUAUCUGGUGGAAGUUUGACUCGGCUCCUUUUUAGUGUUGUUUGGUUAUUUAACGCGCCGUCCAGGCUGGUGUUUGCUAAACACAAGUGUGUGCUAGAGAGUACAGGCAGUCGCUUCUCUCGCUGCCAGUCAGGGGUGUGUGAGCGCUGAGCGUUAAACAGAAUGCCCUCUGUCCCUCCCGCCUACAUAGGUUUUUUGUAUUUCUUCCAGCUCUGUGUCGUACGGCCUCCCUUCUGUCUGCAGCUCGGUCUUUUUCGCAUUGCUCCAGUUGGCGCACUUCCCAGAAUGUGUCGGAAAGGAUACGACCCUCGACCUUUGACCCGCUGUACGGAAUGAGCCUAGUGCUUCCUCCCGGUCCGCGGUGGGCCCAGUUACUGAUGCGACCAUGAAACGUAGGCCACACGCCCUUCAUUUCUCCCGCGAGCCCACUCUGAUUGGUGGAUAUUGCCUCAACCCGCCUACUUUGAUCGCACACGUACACACACACUAUAUGAGUUUUCUCUCCAACAUUCUCGUCGAAUGAUGAGUUAUUGCAAAGAGGGCAUGAAAUAUUGUAUGGCGUACAUAGUAAAAGACUAGGCCUAACCCAUUGUUAUACUUCGUACCAAAUGUUCACAUUAUGCUGUCUCUUCAGUUCUCACCAGUUUAAAUUGAGAUCUUGUUACCAGUUUUGGGUGUUACCAGAUGAACUAGGUUUGUUAACAAAUAAGGGCCGUACCAGUUCAACCACAAUGGAUUAUCCCAGAGUUCUCUCUAGUUUGUUGAGCAGACCACUUGUUGCAAUUUACCAGUUUGGCUUAUUAACGGUUUGGCUUAUUAACGGUUUCACAAGAUAGCUUAGGACUAGUUCAUCAUCAUAUUACCUUUGCGUGUUUGCCGCACGUUCAUGGGGCCAUGUCGUUUAUCUGUGUAGACUAAAGCAAGAUCUUUAUUGAAAGCUUUUGAAGGAUGGGUUCGUGAAUUGGACAUAACGUUGAGAGACAGGAAAUGUGUAAAUAUUGCUUUAGCGUCUGCAUUAUUCUACUAUUCCAGCUUCUCUCGGUAUACACAGCAUUGCCAAGCCUAUAUUUACCUAGCUCCAUGGCAUGUUUUGUUGCCGCAGCAACCUGCCCCCCCUCCCCGCCUCAUGCCCCCCCGCCCCUCCAAUGAGGUGAUUCCUUGGCUGUCACCUGUGGGCUGUCCCACAAUGCACAGCAAUUUAACCUCGGCUUGUAGUCGUUCAGCACAGGAGCUGCUGGCACGGAGCACCCAGGAAAGGCUGAAGUUAUGCAAAUCACCUCUGGAAAAACACAUCACUGAUGGGGCGCGUCUUUUCUUCAAGGAACCAAAACUAGGAGGGCAGCCCCCUGCUGAGAACUCGUCUAAUGCUGAACAAUAUUUUCUUGUUAUCCUUCCUGCCUGAUGCAUCACCACGACAACAGGCUGCAGGAAAACAAACUGCAUGCUGGGAGAGAAGAACAAAGGUCAGCGUGUGGCCAAUGAGGAUCCCUGUAGACCAGCAUGGCCUGCUCUCAGUUCACCCUCUGGGGGAGAUGAGUUUUGCUCGCAAGCGAGUCCAGAGCCACUCAGGCGCAGCCUAACCACCAGCCAAUCAGAUGCAUCCGGACAAUAAACUGGCCAAUCAUGGCAAGCAAGUGACCGGUGACAGCCGAUCCCAACUAGCCAAUGUAAAUCAGCAGAGUCAGCAGAAGGCGGGAGCUGUGGCCCACUGUCAGAGUCCAAAGGGGGUUGGUGUCGGGGGCCAUGCAGUCAAGACCAAUCAGAUGGCUCCGGCGAACCCUGGGCUGAAGGCCGCCAGCCAAUCGGCGAGCGGCGUGGGAGCAAUGCUGAAAACCAAAUCGAAGCGGGAGAGGAGCGUCUCCGUGGACUCCGUGGAGCCCAGAGAUGCCCUCGCCUCGGCUCUGGAGGCAGAGGCCAAAGCAGAGGGUGUGAUGCGUAGCAAGCGGCGCUGCGUGCUGGAGAGGAAGCAGCCGUACAGCGGGGAUGAGUGGUGCUCCGGCCCCGACACGGAGGAGGACGAGGACAAGCCCCGCGCCGCCGCCCCCCCCCACCGGGAUCGAGGGGGUCCUGGUCCCGGAUCUCUCCAGGGCCUCGUUGGGCGUCCCUCUGGGGGCUCGGGGUCAGACCCCGGGGGGGCAGCGCUCCGGCGUGGGGGGGCAACAGGGCCCAAAGCGGAGCCUUCCCUGCCCUCCUCCCAGCAGGUCGUGUACGUCUUCACGACCAACCUGGCCAACAGUGCUGCCGAAGCAGUACUGAACGGCCACUCUGGUUCCAUCCUUCAGUUUCACCAGCAACAAGUUCCACGCAGCAAGCUCGAACAGGGCCUCAACGCGGGGAAGAUCCCCAGCCUCCCGGAGAAGAUGAGUUCCAGUGGCUCCCCGCCAACGGGAACGCCGAAACCCCAGGGCGGGACCCCCGGCUCUGGCUCGGCCGGAGGGGCCGGGGGCCCCCUGGCUGCGGGAGGGCCGUCGUCGGCGGGACAUUCCGACAAUGAGUCUCCUCACAGCAGGACGGGCGGCCCCGGGCCCUGCAAUAACCUCCGCCUCGCCACCCACAAGGCCCCGGGAGGCGGCGGCGGCGGCGGCGGCGGCGGCGGCGGCGGCGGCGGCGGCGGCGGCGGCGGCGGCACCCCCGCCGGCCCGGCCCUGGGGCCCGGCGCCGGGGAGGGUCCUGGAGGGAUGGCCCACCCCAACGCCGGGGUCUCUCCGUCAGACAGCCCCUCGGCCGUGGCGGCCCUCAUCCAGGGGGACCCGGGGGGGCUGGAGGGGCCGGGCGGCGGCGGCGUGGACGGCCUCUCCAAGGAGCAGCGGGAGCACCGGGAGCGCUCCCUCCAGACGCUCCGAGACAUCGAGCGGCUCCUGCUGCGUACCGGGGCCCCCCCCGGAGGGCCCCCCAACCCAGGCGGCCCCAACGGCAAUCCGAACAACAACAACAGCAGCAGCAGCCCCUCCAGCAACAACAACAACAACAACAACCUCCCCGACGGCGGCGCGGCCGAGGACGGGGACGGCGGUACGCACAGCGGCGGGAGCGGCGGGAGCAACGCCCCCGCGGCCCCCAUGGGGGGGCCCAAGAAGUACGAGGAGCCGCUGCAGUCCAUCAUCUCCCAGACCCAGUCCCUGGGCGGCCCCGGCAUGGAGGGGCCCCCCAUGGACCCCCAGCACCACGGCAUGCCCCAGCAGCACCCCCACCCCCACCCCCACCACGCCCACCACCACCACCUGUUCUCCCCGGGCCUGGACAUGGGCUCCAUGAUGGGGCCCGACGGCCUGACCCCGGAGCAGAUGGCCUGGAGGAAGCUCCAGGAGGAGUACUACCAGGAGAAGCGCCGGCAGCAGGAGAUGCAGCCGCCGCACGCGCACGCGCAGCACUUCCGGAUGAUGUCGGAGCACGUGGGCAUGCACGGCGGCGGCGGCGGCGGCGGCGGCGGCGGCCCCGGCGGCGGCGGCCCCAUGGUGAUGAGGGGCCCCCCGCCUCCCUACCACAGCAAGGCCGACGACCAGCCCUGGGGCCCGGGCGGCAUGAUGGCCGGGCCGAUGGGAGGGAACGGGCGCCUGAUGGAAAUGCACCCCGACGACCCCCGCGGGCCCCGCUUCCUGGGGCAGAUGCAGCGAGGGGGGCCCCCGCACGGCGGCGGGGGCGGGGGGUUCCCCGGUAGCCCCGGGUCGGGCCUGCCGAUGGAGGGCAUGGGGCCUCAGCGACCCCCGCGCGCCGGGGUGGUGUGGCUCGACGACAUGCCCAACAACAUGGGGGGCGGCGGCGGCGGGGGCGGCGGGCCGCCUUUCCAAGGGGGCUGCUAUCCCGGCGGACCGCCUCAGCACCUCCAGGGCGACGCCGACCGCAUCCUGACCCGCGAGGAGAUGUUCCGCAUCAUGGAGAAGCGGCAGCUGCAUGAGCUCCACCGGCUGGAGGUGGAGCGCCUGGCCAAGCAGCAGCAGCAGCAGCAGCAGCAGCAGCAGCAGCUACAGCAGGGCGGCCUGGGCCAGAGGAUGGUGGACCACCCGGGGGGACCGGCCGGCUUCCCCGGCAUGGGGAUGGGUCGCUGUGCGCCGUCCCGCGGGGACCCCAUGGACUUCCCCGGCUCCCGGGAGAUCCUGGGCUCCCCCGGAGGAGGAGGAGGAAGAGGAGGAGGAGGAGGAGGAGGAGGAGGGGGGCCGCCCCAGAUGAGAGACUUGGUGGACUCCCCGAUGGGGAGCAACCUGAACUUGAGCAUGAGCGCCCAGAUGAGCGCUCAACAGGAGCAGCAGCAGCAGCAGCAGCAGCAGAUGAUGCUGGCCCAGAAGCUGUGUGGCCGUCCGGGAGGGGCGGGGCCUUUAGGGGAGAUGCUGAGCCCUGAAGCCAUCUCCAGGAUAUGGGCAGCGCAGAACGGACGGCCGGCGAAGAGAGGAAUGGGGCCCGGUCCCGACGGCGGGCUCCAUUUCCCCAACCAAGGGCCCUUUUCUGGCGGGCAGAUGGAAGGGCCGUACCUCCAGCAGCCCGGUCCGGAGAUGUUUGGACCGGAGCAGCAGGGACCCCCCCAGAUGGGAGGCACGCCCCGGCUCAGUCACAUGACCAUGGCCGGUGGCAUCCGAGGCCCCGGGCCGGGUUCUCGCCGCCCGUCCGACCUGUCGAUCAACGUGAACCCGAUGGGCUCCCCCUCCAUGCCUCCUCCACAUCAGCUCAAGUCGCCGUCCCUCAGCCAGGAACCCUCCCCACUCCUGCCUUCGCCCUCAGCGCCCGGGCUCAAGUCCCCCUCUCAGAUGUCCUCGGCGGGGCCUAACCCUCCUCUUCCACCUGCCUCGGGGGCCGGAACGCCCUCCUCUGCUUCCAUGAAGUCCCCCCAGCUGAUGGGCUCUUCCUCCCUGAAUAUGCGAUCGCCGUCCGCCUCCCCUGGACACCUGAAGUCCCCGGCCCUGCAUGGGGGCUCCCCAGGAUGGGCCUCCCCCAAAACAGCUCUUCCAAGCCCGGGCAGGCCGGCCAGUGGCAAGGGCCUGGGCAACGGAGGGGGCAGCUCCACUGAGACGGGACCGUCCCUCCCUCCCAGGAGCUCCAACUCCACGCCGGGGAGCCAGCCAGGCUCGCUGAACCCCAGCAUGCCGUUCAACUCCUCCUCCUCGCCCGACGCCCCCCCUCCCACCCAGAACCCCCUGUCCCUCAUCAUGAACCAGAUGUCCAAGUACGCCAUGCCCAGCACCACGCCGCUCUACCACGACGCCAUCAAGACCAUCGCCACGUCCGACGACGAGAUGAUGCCAGAGCACCCUUCUCUGUCCGGCGUCAGCAUUGGAGGGAACAUGGGGAACCCACAGGGGAACCAGAUGCUGGUGUCCCAGGGCGCCAUGGGACCCAACGGGGAGCCCCAGAGUCCCAUGGGCAUGAUGCUCCACGGCCAGCCUCAGAUGUCCCACGACGGGCCCCGCUCCAUGCUGUCCUCCCCCAAUCCCAUGGCCAUGGCCGGGAUGAACCCCGGCAUGAUGGGCCCCGGCCAGGGCGACGGCAUGGGACACUGCAACAUGUCCCCCAUCCCUCAGAACCAGAUGGCCGGCUUCACCCGAAUGCAGCUGCAGCAGCAGCAGCAGCAGCAGCAGCAGCAGCAGCAGCAGCAGCAGCAGCAGCAGCAGCAGUCCCACGGACCCAUGCACUCCCCCCUCGGGGGACUGUCGCACCACUACCCCCAGCCCGGGGACGACGUCAUGCCCUCGCAGCAGCAGCAGCAGCAGCAGCAGCAGCAGCAGCAGCAGCAGCAGCAGCAGCAGAUGCUGCGGGAGCAGAUGCUGUUGAGCAAGGGCCACCCGCACCACCGCCACCCGCACCCCUCCCACCCAGACUUCUCCUCCAUGGGAGACGGCCCGGACUUGAGCGAGGUCAUGCGCACUUCGCACACGGGGAUCCCCGAGUUCGACCUGUCGCGCAUCAUUCCUUCCGACAAGCCCAGCAGCACCCUGCAGUACUUCCCCGCCAAGAGACCCCCGCAGAACCCCCACCAGGGCCAGGGCCCCGGCCAGCACCCGGGUCCCCCGCCCCAGCUCCUCAAGCAGCUGUCCUCCGGGGGCCCCCAGCAGGGCGGCCCCAUGUCCUCCAACCCCCACCUGGCCCACCUGCAGAACAUGAUGGCUGAGCACCAGCUGCCCACUCACACCGCACAGGGGGGCAUGCGCCAGGGCAUGGGCAUGCCUCCAGGCGCUUCCAGGGGCCUGGGGCCCGGCGGUGGAGGCAUGGGUCCCGGGGGAGUGAUGGGACCUAUGGGCCCCAUGUGCCCUCCAGGACACAUGAUGGGGAGGACAGGUAUGAUGCCCCAGCAACAUCUCCAACAACAACAACAACAACAACAACAACAACAGCAGCAGCAUCACCACCACCACCACCACCACCACCACCAGCAGCAGCAGCAGGCCAUGAUGGCCAGCCUCCACCAGGCCUCCCAGCCCCACCCAGGCAUGAUGUCACCCCAGCAACACCCGCACAAUCUCAUGGCUCAGCAGAACCUCAUGAUGAUGCAGGCCAGGGGCUCCCAGGGGCCCCUCAUGUCCCCCCAGGGCCCCAUGAUGGGCCCUCCGCACCGGGGCAUGUCUCUUGAGGGCCCCCUCGGGCCUGGAGGGAUACCCAACAUGCCAUUCUAGUCCAGCUCGCUGAUAACCGACAACCACAAAAAAAAAGAAAGAAAACAAAAAGAAACAAGAAAGCUUAUUUCCAUCCUGUUGUUCCUGCGUUUCGUCAAUAAUGUUUUCAUUCAUGUUAUUUCUGCAAUUAUUUAAAAAAAAGAAUUGUAAAAAAAAAAAUGGAUCACUGAUAACCUUCGACUUUUGGAGUUCCAGCUGAUAAAAAAAAAAAAAAAAGGAAUAUUGAAAAGCACCGUCACAUGGUUAAGACAUAUGAACCUGUUUUCUAAAAUACUGUAAUAUGUGUAUAUUGCACUAAUGUGUGUAUUUGUUGUGGGGAAACAUUGCGGUUGAGGGGAGUAGUGCCUCACAUUUCUAUUUGUUUUCCUAUUGAUUAUUUUCUUCAACUAUAAACUGUUGUGCAAAGGAAAAAAAAUAAUAUAAUAUAUAGUUGCUGUACAUAAAAAUGCAAUUUGUGAUUGUUUGCCAUCGUUGUGUAUAACUGUUUUAAUAGAAGUCUACAAAAGAAUAAUACUGUUCAGUUGAUCCCAUCGCGUUAGUCUCCGUUUAUUGUCUGACGUGUGUUGCAUUGAUAAAACCGAAGAGGAGACGUGGUUGAAAUAUACAAUUAAACUUUAUUUGUUAACUUGAAGGUAUCUGUAAGAGGACAUUCUGGUAAAACGUUGUACAUUAUUAAACGACAUCUAAGUGCAAUUACAAAA